CGUCACAACCACUCCCGCAACUUCGUAACACUCAACAACAUCACUCCGCAACACUGCACACGAUGCCAUUAGCCUCCUCGUACUCAUCCUCCUCUUCCCGCAUCAAGCGCCGUUCCGUCACUCUUCCAUCCUCGCGCCAGCCAGACGCCUGGAACGACUUCUCGGCCGACGCCGAGUCAUCAGAGAAGCACUGGGAGAGCACUCUUCAGUCCCUAGACGAGAGCAACAUGUCCACGGAACGUACGACCUCCCUCGAGAAUCAGGAGGGAGAGAUCCUCCGGUUAACCCGCGAGGUUAUAGACCUGCGCGAAGAGCUCGCCGCCCGCCCAACAGAGGAUGAGGUCUACGCCAUGCGCAUGGAGUGGGAAACUAGCGAGACGCUAUUCGCCCAGAGUCAAAAAGACAACGAGCAGAAGCACAACACGAUCGAGAACCUUAGACAAUACGUCAAAGCGCUGGAAUCCAAACUCGAGGAGACGUUGGGCGAGGACUGGAAGGAUUACUGUGUGCUUCCCGACCCACGAGGAUCAAGUAACAUGUGCGGAAACGCAACACCACUGCCCAAACCGGGCAAGGUGCGCUCGACGAGCAUCAAGCGCACCUCGCGCCACAGCCACUCACGAGCAGUGAGCGCCGCCGACGCACGUUCCCUUCGCGAACUCGAGAUCGCAGUGGACAAAACGCCGGCAGGGGCACUGCGCGCGCUCGAGGGCAUAUGCGAGACGAGCCGUCCGACGCCCGCCGAGAUUGUCGCGUCCUUCGAGUCGCCGCAUAAGGACGCCCGGAUGGAGCGGUCGACGUCGCACCAGAGCAUGCGGGAUACCAAGGACAAAGAGAUCGCAGUCCUAGUGGCAGCCGUGAAGGCGCUGCCGGCAACACUAGGGGCACAUGUGGAGCGGGUGCUAGCUCAAGAUGAGGCUCAGACUCGGCGUGAGGAGGCGCGCCAGGCCAUACUCGACAUGCUAGACGCUGCGGAGAGUCGCGCAGAUGCGCGAGAGAUUCGUUUACAGGGCCUUCUUGCUGAAGCCAAGACUUGCAGUGGACUGAUGGAGUGGUAGAGAGGGUUGUGUACGAUUCCGGAGUCCCCUAGACUGUUACAGAUGCCCCGCACGAGUUGUUUCAUGUCACGACACGAUGUCGCGUAACAAGCUCAAGAUUUGGUUCAAAGAAGUCACUAGCGAUGGCUGUUGAAUCCCCAGUGAUAUGUCGCGUCUGGCGUCUGGAGGUCAUGACGGCCGCGUGAACCACCCAUGUGCCAACACUAUCUCCUUCUACGGCGUGUAGCAUAUCUUCUACUGUAUCAACUCAACGAGUGGCGUG